AUGUCCCCAACCAUCCAAUCAACAAGCUGCUUGUUAGACGUACAAUAUAAGGUGGAAUUUGUCGGAGAACGGGUGGGAAACGUAGUAGCUAACUAAAAUGGCUGCUAGUAAUUAUUAUGGAUAUGCACAUGGAGCCGCUGCACCACAGUACAGCAUCCAGCCACCCCCUACAUACUCGCAUCAAACCUCUGGCGGCUACAGUGUCCGGCCUACAUAUGCAGUAGAUCACCAAGCCUCCUUCUGUCCAGUCACAGCACACAAUCCCCAGCCAGCAGCAACUCAAACCUUUCAGCCAUACCAGACACAUGCAACUUCGAAUUACACUUUUGGUCGGCGAGAGGUGGAACCUCAACAAAGCAGCACCUCCCAGACUUAUCAGGUCUUCGGUGAAGGGGGUAACUGCAGCUAUGGCCAGCCAGCGUUGGUCAGUAGCUAUGAUAACAAACAGUACUAUCAGGCGAGUGACAUCGCCACCCACCACAGUCCAUUGGAGGCCUUCUUUCAGACAGGUGUUAUUCCUUCAGGUGUGAAAAGUGAUUACAGGCCUAUAAGUGCAGUGUACAGUCAGUCUCCACCUCAAGGACCGGCCACAGUGCUCAAAACCCUGCCUCCUGCUAACUCGGUGUCCACCAGCUACAGUGUUUAUCCUGCAUCCACCAGCAUACAGCAGCCCCCCAGCUCCAUCCCCACCUUUACCCUGAGCUCCUCCUAUAAUUCAACAGCUGCCACUUCAUACGUUGGUCACAACUACUCCAGUUAUGAGCCCCACAGCUACAGCCCCACUCCAUCAUAUUAUCAAGCAACCCAGCAUCUUGGCCCUCAGUGCCAUAGCCAGCCCCAGGGUCCUUCCCAUCAUCCACAAUGUCCCUCCCAACUGCCUCAGGGUUUUUCCCAUCAACCCCAGCUUCCCCAACAGCAAUCACAGACCCCUACAAAGCAGCUCACCAGUUUAUCCUGGAGUAACUCAAGGCACAGUUCAAGGGUCACUGGUUCUGCUCGCAGUGCAUACAGAAAACCCACAUUUCAUCAGAAUAAAGUCCAAAAGCCAAAAGGACCUCCCAAACAACCUCAGCUUCACUACUGCGAUAUCUGCAAGAUAAGCUGUGCUGGUUUACAGACCUACCGAGAGCACCUGGAGGGUCAGAAGCACAAAAAGAAGGAGGCAUUGCAGAAAGGUAGCAGUCAGGUCAUUAAUGGGAUACAUAAUGUUCAAACUCAGCUGCACUGUGAACUCUGUGAUGUUUCCUGUACUGGUGCAGAUGCCUACAAAGCACACAUCCGUGGGACUAAGCACUUAAAGGUGGUGAAGCUGCACACAAAACUUGGCAAACCUAUACCAUCCAGUGAUCCUGUUUUUGUGAGCUCUGCCCCUGUUCUGAUGACGACAAUCUCUGCAAAACCAACCAAAGCUUCUGCUUCCUCUGCAGUGUCACAGAAACCCCCCAUCAUAAAACCUCCCAAAACAGAGACUCUGAAGUCACAUGCUCCUGCCAAAGCCAUAGUUAAUGAAGCCAAAGCUGCUGCUCUAGACCCAGUGAGGGUCGACGAGCCAAAAUCUGACCAACAGAGUGAAAAUGAGGGAAGUUUAGGUUGUGCUCACGGAAAUGUCCAACCUGUUGGCUAUGAUUAUGUAGAGGAGAUUUACAAUGAUGAAAAGCUGGUUCGCUUCCACUGUAAGCUGUGUGAGUGCAGCUUCAACGAUCCCAAUGCCAAAGACAUGCACUUAAAGGGCAGAAGACACCGGCUUCAGUAUAAGAAAAAGGUGAAUCCAGACCUGCUGGUGGACAUCAAGCCGAGUAAUCGUGCAAGGAAGCUUCUGGAAGAAAAACUGAGGAAGCAGAAUCAGAAAUCCAUGCUCAAGAGACUUGAGGGUGACCAGCACUGGCACAUGGACAUGAGGUUCAUUUAUUUCAAUUUAGCACAGAGGGCAUUCAUUUCCUUUGUGAGGUUGAUGCUUAACUCAAGAAGUGUGAAUAGAAGAUAUGAGGAGGACAUUUACUGGAGGAAAGUCGAGGAGGAACACCUAUACUGGGAGAAACAGAGGCACAGACUAGCGCCCCUGCUGUUCACAAACCACCCCAGGAUGCCUCUGCUCCCUCUACUGCCUGUUCGUCGGCCAGAUUCCCCAGAUGACCACCACAUCAUGGCCAAGCAUGCCAGCAUCUACCCAGCAGAUCAUGAGCUGGAAGCUGUGCAGCGCAUUGUGUCUCAUUCAGAGAGAGCUCUUAAACUGGUGUCUGACAUGCUGUUAGAGCACGAUGGCAAAGAAGCAGUGGAUUUAAAGUUGGAUUCUCAGGGCCAAGUGCUGAAUGGAGUGAUGAGAGUGGGGAUUCUGGCCAAAGGCCUGCUGCUGCAUGGAGACAGGAGCAUUCAGCUCAUCCUUCUUUCUACUAAGAAACCCACCAUUUCCCUUUUGAACAGCAUCGCUCAACUGCUUCCCAAACAAUUGAGGACCUUUUCUGAAGAUCAGUACGUGGUGCAGGCUCAGCCUGAGGAAGCCAACAUCAUCAUUAUUUCCAGCAAGGAACCAAAAAUGCAGGUGACCAUCUGUCUCACUUCGCCAAUGAUGAGUAAGGAGCCUGAGCCUGAGCCUGGUACAGAGGGAAAGGCAGGUGACAAGCUGCCUGAGAAAGUGCCUGAAGACACUGCGGAUGCUCUAAACAGGACAAAGUGCCUUGAGUACUUGUCUGUCCUUCGUCAUACAAAAUGGUUUCAACAGGCUCGGGCAAAUGGUCUUCAGUCCUGUGUGAUCAUCAUCCGUGUACUUAGAGACCUCUGUCAGCGCAUGCCAACCUGGGGCAAGAUGCCAGAAUGGGCUAUGGAGUUGCUGAUUGAGAAAGCCAUCAGCAGUGCAUUGACUCCUCUGGGUCCAGGAAAAGCCUUGCGCAGAGUUCUGGAGUGUAUUUCUAGUGGAAUCUUACUGCAAGUGUGUACUAUUUCUGCUGUCAGAUGGUCCAGGCUUGAUAGACCCAUGCGAAAAAGUUCAAACAGAUGCACUCAAGACCAUGACCAUGCAAGCCAGAGAGGAUGUAACAGCAAGUGCCCAGCUCCUGUCUUUCAGCAUGCCUUGCGGCUACUGGCAUUUCGUCAUAUCAACAAGCUCUUAGGGAUGGACUCACUAACAGCAUCAAAAACCAGCACUUACAACCGCAAGAGACGGAGUGACAAAGUAGACAAGGCAGAAGGGGAGGGCAAGAAGGAAAAAAAAGAUUUCCAAGAUGCUUGAGAAAUUCCACAAACAUCAUGUAUACAUCAUAAUGUAAAAAUGCUCCUUCCAAAGAAAAGAAUGUGCUAAAAAAAGAACCACAACAUUCAACAUCAGACCCUAGAAAUGGAGAACAUACAACAGACGGAGUGACAAAGUAGACAAGGCAGAAGGGGAGGGCAAGAAGGAAAAAAAAGAUUUCCAAGAUGCUUGAGAAAUUCCACAAACAUCAUGUAUACAUCAUAAUGUAAAAAUGCUCCUUCCAAAGAAAGAAUGUGCUAAAAAAAGAACCACAACAUUCAACAUCAGACCCUAGAAAUGGAGAAGCAAUGUUUCCUCUUUUCUUCUUAUUUCAGCUGUACUGAAAAUAAAUUCAGCUUGUCGCUGUGUACAAUUCAUAGUUUAGAAGAAAUAAUAUAAACUAUUAAAUAACUACUGAAAAUAACUACUGAAACAUACUGUUUUCUCAGAUAAGGUACAAUAAUGGCAGUAAUUUAAAAAAAAAAAAAAGCAAGCAUUAGUAUCUUAUACAGAGUUGCUUUUUUUGUAGAGUGGGUCUGGUCCAUUGAUAAGGACAUGAAUUAAGACUGAUCUGAGAUGAGGAAUAAAAUGAUUCUCAGAUUCUUGGCAAUAAACUGAUUAAUUGUCUGGAUAUUGUUUUAGUGCAAAGAGGUCAAAGUUUAUAUAUAUUUUUUAUUUAAUCAGAGGCAGAGUAGUAUUAAAGCUUAUUUAAGACAACAGAUUAUUCAAAAUCUUUUAAGUUUUCUCCACAAGCGAAGUGUAUCAGCUUGUGAAUUACUCAGAUGAAACAUUUAGGUUGAGCUUAUAAUAUACUGCUCUGAUUGUUUAAUACUUAGCCAUUAAGUUUGAAGUCAAAGCCACUUCUUUUAAUUGCACAUGAAUGUUGUAUAUCUUAUCUAUCGUGAGUAAAGUCGAGGAUCCACCUGUGUCACAGAAGCUUAAAAAACAGGAAUAAAACGAUCAGAUUUCAUGAGCAUCUACAGAAAUGGAGUCUGGUUCAGGAUCUUUUUUAUUGUGCCUGAAAUUAAGGGAGCUUAGAGGGGCAGAAUACAACAUGUGUGGAACAAGAUGGGUGAAAAUGUUAGUAAUUUAUACUGUAAUAAGAUUUGCAAUGUAUAUUUAUUAAUAUUAUUGAAUUUGUGUUCUGUACAAAAGCAGAACAUUAGAUUUGGUGAUGUUUAUGAUUAAGGAUGUAAACUUUUUUUUCUUUUCUUUUUUUUUUAGAAAUUGUAGUUCUGUUAAAAUGUCAUUAAACUCAUGUUCAGAAUUGUCA